CUACAACUCAAAUAAAUAAGAGACAAAAAUGAGGCAAAAAACCCAUCAACUCUCAACCCUUAAACUUGUCCUUAUUGGCAUAUUCAUUGUUUUCUCUCUCCCCUUUGUCCUAAGAUUGUCAAGCUUCUUAUCUUCUGAUCAACAGAACUCAUCAACUGCAACCUCCCAAACUAUUUCUCCAAAUAUUCCAACAAAAGACGCGAAAGUGACAAAUUGUUCACCAAAUUGUACCAAAAUCCCAUCCUCACUAGCCCAAGCUAUCAUCCACUACACAACCUCAUCCACCAUCCCACAACAAACACUCAAGGAGAUCUCAGUGACAGCAAAGGUCCUGCGAAAAAGGUCCCCAUGCAACUUCCUUGUCUUCGGCCUAGGCCACGAUAGCCUAAUGUGGAGUGCACUCAACCAUGGCGGGCACACAGUUUUCCUCGAAGAAGAUGAAAGUUGGAUCGCGCAAAUCAAGCUUAGUUUCGCCACAUUGGAAUCCUAUCAUGUCACGUACAACAACAAGGUGAGCCAAGCAGAUGCCCUAAUGGAGGUUGGGAAGGGUUCUGAGUGCACAAAAGUUGUUCAAACUCGAUCCUCUAAGUGCCAGCUGGCCCUAAAGGGCUUGCCCGAUGAGGUUUAUGAGGUGAAGUGGGAUUUGAUCAUGGUUGAUGGUCCAACAGGGUACCAUGAGGAGGCACCAGGGAGGAUGAGUGCUAUAUAUACUGCUGGCAUGAUGGCAAGGAAUAGAGAGGAUGAUGGAGAGAGUACUCAUGUGUUUGUGCAUGAUGUGGAUAGGGAUGUGGAGGAUAAGUUUUCUAGGGUGUUUUUGUGUGAUGGGUAUGUGAUGAAACAAGAGGGAAGGUUGAGGCAUUUCAAAAUUCCAAGUCAUAGGGACAGCUUGGAUAAGCCCUUUUGCCCUUGAAACAAUAUAUAUAUAUAUUUGCUUUUGGUUUGUGUAUUAUUGUCA